AUGGUUGUAGUUCGACUGCGAAAGGCGUUUCGGUAUCCUGAGGAAUCAGAGGAUGAGCGCGACGAGCUGGAUGAAGAGGAACAGGAACGGGUUAUCGAGCAGUUGCAGAGCCAGAAUGAUGUUCGCAACGCCCAGUACAGUGUGAUUUUCACUGCGCUGCCCUUGCUGGCUGCUAUGAUGUUCGUGCCCUCGGUGCUUUCGGCUUCCAGUCAGGUUGAACGAUUGUUCUCGCUCCUCGGCCUUGGCUCGUUGUUGACGACAGCUUAUAUCAUGAAAUGCUCUCCUCUUCAGCCAGAUCGCAAAGGCAAGAAGCCUAUGACUAUCCACAAUGAACGUGUCGCUCGGGUCCAUGCGGCUUUGGUGCCUGGUACCGGUGUGGUCUGCUUGUUGUUGGCCCUGGUUUAUCUUUCAGCAGCGUCAUAUGAAAUUCGGCCAGUCUUAUAUCUAGUUCCUGGAGCUAUGUUCGUCACGAUUCUACUUGCUCGAAACGUUAUGCUCUCUGUUGACCUCGCAUCGCUCAAGGAUCUACAGUACGAGUACAAAGGUGCCUAG